UCGUAAAGUCUGCGUUUAUGUCAUAAUCACACCUCAUCCUUGCAUUUGAUUAUAUUAAUGGCUCAUUUUGUAUGUAAUUUAGCAUUAGUAAAUAACUUAAUUGAUAUGGUAUUAUAUUUUGUUUAUAGUUUAUACCCCAGAACCAAACUUUCUUGUGAAUGAGUUAAGGAAAUUAUCAAUAUUCCAUGACCAGGAGUACUUAGAUAACCACAGUAUCUGUUUUGGAGGUCAAACACCAACCCCAUGGAUGCAGUCACCAUUGUGUAUGCUUUUAAGCAAGGAAAAGGCAUAUGUGAUAUACUGUGUGUAUGAGUAUGAGACCCUGCUGGAUUCCUGCAAUAUGAACAUGGAUGACUGGGCUAGGAUUGCCUCAGACAUUAAGACUUACUAUGAGGAUUUUGAUGGGUUUGUUAUACUUCAUGGGACAGAUACUAUGGCCUACACAGCAUCAGGUUUGUCUUUCAUGUUUGAGAACCUGGGAAAACCUGUCAUUCUUACUGGCUCACAGAUUCCCAUCUUUGAGACUCGUAGUGACGGCAGAGAUAAUCUUCUUGGUGCUCUCAUUAUGGCUGGAAACUACAAAAUUCCAGAGGUAAUGAUUUUAUUCAACAAUAAGCUUCUUCGAGGGAACCGUUCAACCAAAUUUAGUAGCAGCAGUUUUGAUGCAUUCGAUUCCCCAAACUUUCCUCCCCUUGCUAUUUUAGAGACUAAGAUUCAUGUGCAUUGGGAUAAGAUUCUUACCAGCAACACCAAUCAAAAAUGUACCUUGACUAAGAUUUGUCCUAGCGUGGGAAUACUCCCUCUUUGUCCCAGUAUCACCACCGCUACGGUUCGCCAGUUUUUGGCACCUCCACUCAAGGGAAUGGUCCUGGAAUCCUACGGGGCUGGAAAUGCUCCAGAUUCCAGAAAGGACUUAAUGCAAGUGUUCUCAGAGGCCACGGAAAGAGGAGUACUGCUGCUUAACAUCACCCAGUGUCACAGAGGCUCUGUUAACUCAGAUUAUGCCACAGGAAAGGCUUUGAUUGAUGCAGGUGUGAUCCCAGGCUCCGACAUGACACCUGAGGCUGCACUGGCCAAGCUGGCCUUUGUAAUAGGAAGAGAAGACUGGAAUUUCAAGGACAAGAAGGGGGGGGCAACUGCUAAAGGACACAGAGAAAUCUCCAAGCUGAUUCUUGACUCUGUGAAGCCAACUGUUGACAGAAGCACUUCUGCUGACACUUAA